AUGCUUGACAUCAACGACUUCAAUCAACUCUUCGACUUCAAUCCGGACUGCACAUACAGCCAGAGCACAUACAAUGGCAUUCUCCGGAAUCGGCGGGCUCUGGACAACAAGCUCUUCUUCGACCGGCUGCUAGAUCGUCUUAAUGUCAAAUGUGCACAGUCUUCCAACCUCUACCCGCCGCAUACCAACUCCGAUCUCCGCGACCUCCACCACCAAAUCGUCUCCAGCCAAACAGCCGAACACCACAAGCAGUCCCUCCUCUUCUACAUUCUCAAAGACUGCAAGAGCCCCGAACCGACCGAGCCCGCCGACGCCUUGGCAAAAGACUGCCACCUGCCCGAGAAAUACCGGCUGGCGAUAGACGGCCUCUGGGCGCUCGACCGGCUGCAAUUCCGCACAGCAACGACUCUGCUGACCUCCCCGCUCUUGACCCCAACCUUCCCCUCCGAGAUCCUCAGCACCCUCCUCAAGCACUGCGGCCCCUCGACCCCCGACGCCGACCUCCCCCUCGCAUACUACUACGCUGUCUCCGCCCCUCUCAACACCGAAGCGCUCCUUCGUUCCUUCUUCAACCAUUUAACCCACAGCUCCAUCACGGACGCAUUUUUCUUUUCCCGCCAACACCCCGAUCCCACGCGACACAUGCUAUUCGAGGGCCUCAUUGAGACAGCGCUGGUGCAUAUCCCCUCCUUAAAGCGCGCGGAUGCGGCUAUCGAGCUCCUCAACCUGCCCUUCUCGCCGGAAGAGGAGGCUUGGUUCGAGGCCUUCCUGAUUGAGGGCAAAGGGCGGAGUUUACAUGGCGCUCGUGAUGCGGUUGUUGCGCGGUGGAUAGCGGUAGGCAGGGUUGACGAGGCGUGGGAGGCUACUAGGAACAUGAGUGGGCGGCGGUAUCAGGGGGUCAGCUGGGAGGGGAUCAGGGAGGGCUUGGAGAGGGGGUUGGGCGGUAGAGGAGAGGUGGGAAGGGUGUGGAGGGCGGAGGAAGCGAUGGGCGGAGUGUGA